ACCGAGUCGCACACGCUCGGGGCCGUAUGAGCAGCUUCAUUCCCUUUAAGGCUGCAGAGCUGGCGGACCAAGGGGAGUCGCAGAGUCUGGAAAAUCUCUCCAAUACGUCUCCGGCGACUUCAGAAGCUUAUAAGAUAAACUUUGUAUUUCCAAAUGGAGACAAGUAUGAUGGUGAAUGUACAAGAACAUCUUCUGGAGUGUAUGAGAGAAAUGGAGUAGGUAUUCAUACCACUCCUAAUGGGAUUACCUACACAGGGAACUGGAAAGAUGACAAGAUGAAUGGUUUUGGAAAACUUGAACAUUUUUCAGGAGCAGUGUAUGAAGGACAAUUUAAGGACAACAUGUUUCAUGGAUUGGGUACUUAUACAUUCCCAACUGGGGCAAAGUACACUGGAAAUUUCAAUGAAAAUAGGGUAGAAGGUGAAGGGGAGUUUACUGAUACCCAAGGACUGGAAUGGAGUGGUAACUUUCAUUUUACAGCUGCUCCGGGCCUGAAACUGAAACUCCACCUGUAGAUGUUCUACGUUAAAGUUUAAAUCUAGUAAUCUAUAAGGAAAUGAGUUAGAUCUGUGAUCUGCAGUAACCUCAUACACAGUUUCUAUAAGUUUGCCAAUAAAACCAUUACUAAACCA